UGUCAUCCAUCGACUGUUAAUAAACCUUCUCUCUCAAUCAUUUUUAAAAAUUAAUUUUACUAAUUUGACAUUUGGCAUUUCCCUUCUUGUUGUCGACUAUAUUUUAUUUGAACAGCUGUGCGUAUCACUCACUCAUUUUAGAAUUUUCCAGAAAUAUUUCCUCGUUUGAAAAAAUUGUUUAUUUACGCUUAUGACAAACACACACCUUUCCCUCGCAUUUUCAUUUAAUCGCGAUGACUCAUAAUUUCAAAAUUUUGCUAGAAAUGUUUUUAAAAUUAGUCGUCAAUGGCCUUGCUCUUUUCUUCUUUUGAAAUAAUGUUUGGGCGUGGACUGCUAAGGGAGCUGGCUAAUAAAAUUAUGAGAAUGUUGCUUACUAAGGUUGACAAUAGGCGGGUCUUGGACAGAUCCUCUUGGUGAGGUGGCACCAGAAAUAUGACAGAGACUACUUUCGUUGUUCUAACUCAUUUUUCCAACUCUCCCGUCUCCCUACAACAUCACUUCUUUCAUCUCUAUGGCUUAAUUUCUAGUACUGUUCUCCCUAUACCAGGAGAUUUUAAAAGAAGACUAGAGGCAAAAGUAAGUCAUUUAAAAAGCAAAAGACGAAGGAAAAAGGCGAAACACCAAGGGAGGCGAAAAUUCACUGAAAGAUGGAGGCACAACCCCUACCCCAGGAAAGGCACACCCCUGUAUAUACCUAGACAAUUUUAUUUAAGAUUCUCCCGACAUAGGCUAAACAGUACCUUUCAAACUCCCAUUGUUCGUAGUGUUCUCCCUAGUCCUUUGUUUGUUUGUUUGUUUGACUUUCACUAGGGAAUUAUGCUUAAAAUCCUUCCAAAAGCCCAAAAAAUCUCCGCGCCCUCGUAUCCCUCCUUUCUUAAGUGCGGAGUUCGUUUUUCUCUUUUUCCAUUCACUAAAAUAACAAAUGAAAAAUUUCUCGAAUGACAACCAUCUGCCAUCCAUUAUAAUACGUAAAUAACCUUUCCCCAUUGAUUC